AUGCCAGCCGCAGCUGCCGACAACAACGGCGGCGGCGGCGGCGGAGGUGGAGGAGGGGGGAAGCACCACCACCACCACUUCCACAUCCACUUCCCGCACCUGGAUCUGUUCCACCACGGCGGCGGGCCGAAGAAGGGGAUGGUGGCGAUCAUCGUCGGAGAGGAAGGGGAGGAGCAGCAGAGGUUCGUGGUCCCGGUGAUCUACAUCAACCACCCGCUGUUCAUGAGGCUGCUGAAAUCGGCGGAGGAGGAGUUCGAUUUCCACUACCAGAAGGGGCCGAUCACCAUCCCCUGCCACGUGGAGGAGUUCCGGAGCAUCCAGGGCUUGAUCGACCGGGAAACCAACAACCUCCACCAUCAUCAUCACCACCACCUCCUCUGCUUUUGGGUUUGA